AUACUGCGUCAUGUUGAGAAAGGAGAAGAAUGGAGCCGGGACGUCCCAACUUAAACCAGACGAUCCCCUGAAAAAAUUGGGGGUCCAGGAUGAUGACGAUGUGAAGACAAUGUUGCAGGGCUCCUCAAUGAUGAAGGUGCGUUCUCCACGCUGGAAGAGGAAGCGAAUGCUAAAGCUGUUGAACGAUGGAGUCACCGUCUGGUGUGAAUCCAACAAGUCCACCAACAAAGCCAAAACUCAGCAGUCCUUCUCUGUCAUGGAAGUGGAGUGCGUUUGGGAGGGCUGUAAGUCUGAGACAUUGAGAAACCUGGCAACCUCGCUUCCAGAAGAUCAGUGUCUCACCAUUUUGUUCAAAGGAGGGAGGAAGAGCUUGGAUCUCCAGUGUGACACAAAAGAGGAAGCCCAGCACUGGGUCAGUGGCAUUCGAACCCUCCAGGGCAGAGUCAACAACAUGACCCAGAAAGAGAAACUCGACAAUUGGAUCUAUGGCUACCUGAAACAAGCUGAUAUGAACAAAGAUGGCAAGAUGUCAUACAAGGAGGUCCAGAUCCUUUUCAAGAUGAUCAACAUAGACCUGAAUGACGAAUAUGCUGCCAACCUCUUUAAGAAGUGUGAUAAAUCAGAAGACGGACGGCUUGAACAUGAGGAAAUUGAGCUGUUUUGCCGUGAGUUGCUACGUCGGCCUGAGCUGGAUGCAGUGUUUCAGCAGUACUCCGCCAAUGGUUGUGUCUUGUCCACCGUGGAUUUGCGAGAAUUCCUGAAAGACCAGGGCGAGGACCACACACUUGUGCAUGCUCAGAGCCUUAUUCUCAACUAUGAACUCAAUGAAUGGGCCCAGAAGAACCAGUUUAUGACGCCCAAUGGUUUCACCAUGUACAUGCUGUCUAAGGAGAAUGAUGUGUACAACCCAGAGCACAGCAGAGUCUACCAGGACAUGAACCAUCCACUCAGUCACUACUUUAUCUCCUCCUCACACAACACCUACCUCACUAAAGAUCAACUCAUCAGCGAGAGCAGCGUUCACGCUUAUAUCAGAGCUCUAAGACAAGGCUGUCGCUGUGUGGAGCUGGACUGCUGGGAUGGGGAAAAGGAGCCAGUUAUUUACCAUGGGCACACCCUCACAUCCAAAGUGCCAUUUAGCGAGGUGGUGAAGGUCAUUGCUGAAUACGCUUUCAGGACUUCUCCAUAUCCUCUUAUUCUGUCUCUGGAGAACCACUGCUGUGUGGAGCAGCAGACAAUGAUGGCCCAACUGCUGCAGUCAAUUCUGGGAGACAAACUGCUCACCAAACCUCUCAAUGACAAGCCGCUUCAGUGGCUGCCAUCACCAGAGGACCUAAAAGGGAAGAUCUUGAUAAAAGCAAAGAAGAUCAAAGUGAAGCAGGACAGCUCCAGCUCUGACUCAAGCUCCUCAGAUGACGAAUCUAAAGCUGAAAGCAAGCCUAAAGCACGGAAGGACUGUAAGUUGAGUCCAGAGCUGUCUGAUCUGGUGGUGUAUACCCGAAGUGUUGCCUUCAAACAAUUUGAUCCAUCUACCAAGAAACCUCCCAAUGAGAUGUCCUCUUUCUCUGAGAGUGAUGCAUUGAAACUAAUCAAAGAAUCAGGCAAGUUGUUUGUACGUCACAACAGCAUGCAAUUGAGCAGGAUCUACCCAUCUGGUCAGCGGGUGCAAUCCUCCAACUACAAUCCUCAAGACAUGUGGAAUGCUGGUUGUCAGAUGGUGGCAUUAAACUUUCAAACCCAAUGUAACGAGAUGGAUCUGAACAGAGGCCGUUUUUUACCAAAUGGCCGCUGUGGCUAUGUGCUAAAACCAAGCUUCAUGUGCCAGUCUGAUUCAGAGUUUAACCCGGAAAACACUGGGGGAGGCCCUGGCCACAACCCAACACUGCUUACUAUCAAGGUGAUAUCAGCCCAGCAGCUGCCUAAACCUGACAAAGAGAAGCUCAGCUCCAUCGUGGACCCUCUUGUAUGGGUGCAGACUUAUGGGGCUCCCAUAGACAACAACACAAAGAAGACGCACCGCAUUGACAAUAAUGGCUUUAACCCCAGGUGGGACUGCACCUUUAAGUUCCAGCUUCAUGUGCCAGAGCUGGUAUUAGUACGUUUUAUGGUCGAGGACCAUGACUACGCCACCAGUAAUGAUUUCCUGGGCCAGUUUACGUUUCCUUUCACAAGCAUGCGGACAGGUUACAGACAUGUGCAUCUGCUGAAAGCAGACGGCUCUAGCAUGUCUCCCUCCAGUCUCUUCAUCCAUGUUAAAAUCACUCCUGGCUACAACAGCCCUACCAGACAAGCGGGCACACAUAGUACCUGAGAAUAAAGCGUGCAGUUAAAGCACCUGAAGUGCCCCUUAUCUGGGAAGGAGUUUUUUGUGACCCAAAAUUGCCACCACUGUGUGAGAGUUAUAUGUUAUUA